AUGCAAGUAAACAUCGUCGCAAAAAAUGCACCGGCAGUUUGGAAAACCGCCAUGCUUUCCCUACGUAUGGAAACAAUCCAACAAUACUUGAAAUUUGUGGCCGAUUCAUUCCAGGAUGUUCCAAAUGUUGAUCUUCGAACUUUGCUAUCGAUUAACUUAUGUGCUUUUAAGCUUAUUUUUGUCUGUACAGACUGGCCGUUCAUUAGAAGAGCAGAUAGACUUCGCAAGUGUUGA